AUGUCGGCCUCAAAGAGAGGCUCCCGCUCCCGCAUCUCGAGUCCAUGUGCGCCAGUGCAAUCCGUUGAGAGUGGGGAAUCUGCCGCCGGCAAACCAAAGACGAUGUUGCAGAACUGGGUGGCCGGGGCCGCGAACUCGAAGAUCACCGUGGGAGAGGCUCCUGCAGCUCCCAAGAGCUCAUGGAGCGAGCCAGCGCCAGCGCCUGCGAGAGCUUCAUAUGUUGAAGCUGGAAUAAUUAGGCACUCGAUUGUCUCGAACAUGAUGCCACUCGGGGUCGGGCCGCCGGCAAAGGUCCUCAAGGCGUUGGCAAAGGGUGAAAGUGAACGGUCCAGAAGUUUGGUCAACUCCCUGGUCUCGACACCCGAUCCUGCCCAAGAAACUGCGACACCAGAAGAAGUCUCGGAGGAUGCACCGGCAGAGUCAGUCGACUCGGUAGAGCCAGUAGGGGAGGAGCCGGUAUCAUCGGCAGAAAUCGCAGAGCCGGUGGCGUCAAUUGAGGUAGCCGAAGUUGAACUCCCACCACAGACAUCCCUCCCAUCGAACAAUUCAAGGAAUGUCGGCGACGGUAUUGAACCUAUUUCGACGACUCCUCAACAUUCUACAAGUGUGCAAAAGAGUCUCUCGGUGUCGCAGCCAAGUGUUAGCCCUCAGAGUGCCGCCGGUCAGUCGGUUCUCGCGCUACGAUCGCCAAUUAUUGGACCUCAGGAGGAGCGCCUUGAAAAACCCAGCCGUAGGUACCCACGAUAUCUCUCUGAGACGCCAGAACCACCGCUUGGCCCUGACGGUCUUGCUGUAAUUAAUCUGCCUUUCACAGACGGUGUCGUCGAGGCGGCCGUUCAGGAGGCUCUGGACUGUGACGACUGGCCCACUGCCUACGCUUUACGCCUUUUGUGGGAUGAACAUCGUACAGAUCCUGAUAUGGUGAGAAUGUUUGACGCUGUUUACAAUGGAUGGCACAACAAGGAGCAGAUGAAGAAAUUCCAAAAGGUGGUACGGCGGAAGAAGAGGGAGGGAAAGAAAGGUGGUCGUGCUGAUGAGUAUUUCAAUGGUGACGGCUCCGAAUCAAAACCAACACCAAAGUCUACCAUCUACAACGCCAUCAACCUCGUCAACCCCCCAGCUCCUGUUUACCAAACACCCUACAUACGAAAAAGCCGGGAGCCGAGCGAAGCCGCCCCAGCAAGAAGUUCAUCACUCGCCCAUAGUCUCUCAUCCACACCCGCAAAUCUCUCGCCUGCACCUCCCGCCAUGUCCGUCGUCGCCUCUCCUAAAAAUAGAGACGAGCAUGUUAGCAAGAAGCAACGAAGCAACAGCUUCCAGCCUGCAAGCGCCGAGUUGAACGGCUUUGCAGCUAGGAGUGGCGCAGAUGACGUGACUAUGAGCGAGAAGGGCGAGGAGCGCCAGAAGCCAGAAGGCGGUGCCCGUCCCAUCCUCGAGAACGGUGUCGCUCGUGAUCCAAAGACCUUGUCUCGCGCGCAACGAUCACGUUCCAACUCGAGCAGCUCUUCUUUGUCUUCGGUCAACGAAGAGCUUAUACUGAACUCAACAAUCAUUUCGCCACCGCGUCCCGUCCCUCCGCCCGGCCCGAUGUUGCCUCUUGCACCUCAUAGCCUGGGAAUGGCCCGAUUCGGUGUAUUCGCUCAACUCUUCCAGCAGCCAAAGCAGAGGGUAAGCCCAUAUGCAAGCACCACCAGCUUUCAAGAGGCAGCGCUGGAAGCAGAUGCACAGGCCCGCAACGCCACACGACUAACCCCGGCGCCAGCCAAGGGCCCUAAGACUUUCACUUUCUCCACGGGCAAAGCAUCCCCUGCCCCUGCCCCUGCACCAUCUGUUUCUGCUUCUGCCCGUCCUCGCUCCGCCGACUCUCAAGCCUCGACAGUCGCUCCCAAAGAACCUGCCGAUCCGCAACCAAUUAUGGCUCCAGUCGUGGUUGUGAACAACCCAUCAUCAUCAACAUCAUCGUCCAAGAAACCCUCUAAGACAACCAAAAAGCUACCAGCUACCUUCAAGAUCAAGAAUGCAAAGAAGUCCAUCUGCCCAGAGGAAGAGGACGAUGUCUCCAAUUGCAUGAAGCGGAAAGCGAAGGAAAUCACCGGAGAGACCUCGACAGCUGAGAGCUUCGAGCGCCACCAGGUAGAGGUUGUUGCAGGUGAUGAGAUGGAAUGGGUUUCGGACGGCGGCGAUUCCACUGCUGUCAGGGCGGCGAAGAAGUUAAAGAAAGCCCCAAAAGUGCGCCUCCUGCAUAACAGCAGAGAAACCCGGCAGAACUCGCGAUAUGUCUCUGAAGAAGGCAGCUCCCCGACUGAACUCGCGUUCAAACCCCCUUUCCCUCCAGGAGGAUCGGGUCCUUCGUCGCGCGCUGGUACCCCGAACCCCGCCACCCGCCAGUCGAAGAAGCCCAAGAUAGGCACAGGUCUGCGUGUCAAGAUAUCGCCAGUUAAGAAGAACAAAGGCACUCUGGCCGGUAUCCCCAAGGAUUUGCGCAGCCCGACCGGUAAUGGUGGCACUGUUGCUCAGGACGGCGAAAACGACGAAUUCUGCUCGGCAUGCGGAGGGUGCGGCGGCCUGGUCUGCUGCGAUGGUUGCACUCGAUCAUUCCACUCCAAUUGUAUCGAUCCUCCGCUGUCUGAUGACGCUGUGGAUAAAUCACCAGAUUGGUUCUGCAACGCCUGUGAAUACAAGAAACACGGUCCGUACGAGGAGGUUGGUGGGAUCUGGGGACCCCUGAUCGCCGAUUUCGCGGAUACAAACCCGAGAUCGUUCCAUCUUCCACAGUCAAUUCGCGAGUAUUUCGUCGAUGUCAAGACUGGCCCCGCGGGAGAAUAUGAGGAGAUUAUCCCCCCCAAGCCAAAGAACACGAAAGCUGGCUGGGAGGAAGCUCCUGAUUACUACAGAAAGAAGGAUAAGAACGGCAAGAUCAUCCUCUGCCAUCAAUGUAAUGGUGAGGCAUCUCCUCCAGACCGCAUGAUUGUCCCUUGCACGUACUGUCAUCUUACCUGGCACUUGGACUGUCUCCCAAUCCCCCUUGCAAAGGAGCCCGGUCAUGGUAGACAAUGGCGAUGCCCAGCCCACAUUGAUGAUCUCCUGGUACUCAUCCCGGAGAUCAUGGCGCCGGCACACCGUUUCCGCAAGAUCAAGGGCGCUCCGGUCAUCAAGCCGGCUUUCCCUCGCGGAAAUAAGAACAGUGGUCACAUUGAGAUCGAGAAUGAUCCGAGCGAGGAUGAGGCAGUGGAAGGAUUCUACGAUGUAAAAGAGUUUGGUCGUGUGUAUAAACUCCCAGAGAAGAGCAUCAAGCUGGACUUCAUCACAAGGGUCAAGCAAACGCGCGGCGCGAGCCUGCAAUCGCUGCGAUCUCCCCGCUCCAAACCUGCCAAAGCGUCGCACCAGCCUCUUCAAUCCGCACCUGGCUUCGAGCCAGCCUGGAACCAGCGUACGAUAGAGGAGCAACAGACCGCACUUAACCUCCUAUCAAUCCACAGUCAAAGCCACGACGCCGCCCGAGGCGACGACACGCAGCUCUUGAUCAACACUCUAUUGGCCGAAGCUCCACCCGCCGUUAUAUCCCUGAUGGCCCAAGGCACCACGGACGGACUUGCUGCGCGCAAGCUCGAGAAGAAGCAGAAGACGAGCAUUACGGCCAUGUUCGAGUUCUUGAAGCAAAUGCUCGAUGACGCCGUGAGCACCGACGAAGAGGAGCCACCUGCCAAGGCGAAAGCGACGGUUACUGUUCAGGACCAGGAGACUGAGAUGGAACUCUGA